GCCCUCACUGUACAUUCAUAUCAUUUAGUGCCGGACCUAUGGAGGAAGUGAGAAAGUUGGCACGGCCACGCCAGGCUCUGUGUGACAGUCCCCUAGUGAUAGAUGGACUAUGCGAGGAGGAUGAGCUCCUUCCUAGAGUACCCGGGCUUAAUGAGCGGAGACCUCGGGACCUGCUCCUCCAGAUCCUUCCACCCUGACCAUGGAAUUACAACUUUCCAGUCGUGCGCAGUCAGUGCUAAUAACUGCAACAGCGAUGAUCGUUUUGUGGUCGGGCGAGGGGUGCAGAUAAGUUCUCACCCCCAUCACCACCACCACCAAACCGGUACCUUCCAGCACCACAGCAACUUGGGGAUGUCCUAUGCUCAUAGCAGCUGUGGCUCCAACUAUGGCAUGCAGAACUUCAGCCCUGGCUACUCUCAUUUCCCCAUCAAUCAAGAGACAGAGGUGAGCUCAGGCUUCCCCCAAUCUGUCUACUCCGGCAACAUCGCCUCGUCUGUGGUCCAGCACCAACAGCACCAGUCUUACAUCGAGGGAUCCGCUCACUAUAUCCACCAUUCAUACGGACCUGAGCAGAACCUUUCUGUGGCUAAUUACAACAACAAUGUAGCCAGCCUCCAUAUCAGCCAGAGGGAAGUUUGUCAUUCCCCUUCCAGUGAAACAUCCCCCGGUCCGACACAGACCUUUGACUGGAUGAAAGUGAAGAGAAAUCCACCCAAAACAGGUAAGGCCGGGGAAUAUGGUUAUGCCGGCCAGCCCAACACAGCCAGGACCAACUUCACCACCAAACAGCUGACAGAACUGGAGAAAGAAUUUCAUUUCAACAAGUACUUGACCAGGGCCCGCAGGGUAGAAAUUGCUGCUGCUUUGCAGCUCAAUGAGACCCAAGUGAAAAUCUGGUUCCAGAACAGGAGGAUGAAACAGAAAAAAAGGGAAAAAGAAGGACUUCUCCCCAUCUCCCCAUCAACCAGUACAGGAAGCGAUGAAAAGUCAGAGGAGCUGUCAGAAAAGUCCAAUUCUUCACCCUGUGCUCCAUCUCCAGCCUCCUCAACUUCAGAUCAUCUCAGUGCUUCUGGUUAGAAGGCUGGAGACAUUGUCUGUGCUCUAAUGAUCAACUAAAGCCUUAGCAGUCAGUUUAGUGAUCUGCUGUAUAUGCCAGAUUUCACCUGGUACCAUCAAGGUUAUAUUUAUUUGCACAAGUUUGGAAAGUCAUUUUCGUUCUAAGCUACAAUAACAAAAUGAACUAAAAAAAUUGUUGUGGCAUGUGUCACCCCUAUCUCUUGUUAUGAGCUGCUAGGGACAGGUCCACAUGAGGGACAUUCCUGCUGGGAAACAACUGGUUGCAGAUCCUCAAAGACUGAUGCACUACUUAAAAAAGCAAAGUUUACACAAGUUAAUAGACGUUUAUUUAAUUUAAAGUUCGACGGUGUCUGUAUGUGAAAAGAGUGUACAUAUAUUGUUCCAGAGAUUUAUCUUUGAAGUGUUUUGUAGAAUUCUAAAUAAUUAUGAGAUGAUGGAAUGGUAAAAAAGCUCAAUGUUUUCUAGCACAGGAGAAACAGCAGUGUUUGCUGACCGCAUACCUCAGUAAUCUCUCUCAUUUACUAGGUGUUUACAGUCAUGAUUUUAGGUGAAUAUCGUAUACGUUUUUGUUUUUUUGGUCAAGGUCCAAUUUCCAGGGUAUAUUUUCCAAACAAAACCCAAUUGUUCUCUGCUCCAAGAGAAACGCUUCUGAAUCGCCUUUUAUCUUGUAAGAGCAAAAAACGUGUGUAUAGUUUGUGAUUACAUCGCGAACCCCCUUUGCAUGACGCCGAAUGUAAACUGAGUUUUAUCAGUUGGAAUUUGUCAAUAAAAUAUUUCUAUUUGA